AUCACUGGCUACAAUAACAGCCAAGGUGUUUGACGGUUUACUUGAUACGCAACUUAGACGACAUCUAAACUUGCAUGACCUUCAAUUUGGCUUCAGGCAGGGGGUGUCGACUGAAUCGGCCAUUCUGUGUCUCAAGCAUACGGUCAGAUACUACACAGACAGAUCCACUCCAGUCUAUGUAUGUUUCUUGGAUUUAAGUAAAGCCUUUGAUAUGGUAUCUUAUGAUCUUUUAUGGAGUAAACUUGAUAAUACUACGCUUCCUACAGAGUUAGUUAGAGUUCUUGAGUAUUGGUACAAUAAUCAAAGUAAUCAGGUGAGGUGGAAUGAUACUCUAUCAGACUCAUACCGAUUAAAAUGCGGAGUGAGGCAGGGUGGGCUGACUUCACCCAACUUGUUUAAUAUGUAUGUAAAUGGUCUAAUUGAGGAGCUCAGCGGAAUGCAUGCUGGGUGUUAUAUUGAUGGAGUAAGCGUCAAUAACAUAAGCUAUGCCGACGACAUGGUACUGCUGAGCCCCUCAAUUGGAGCUUUAAGAAAAAUGCUAGCUGUGUGUGAAGCAUACGCGAAAAACCAUGGUCUGGUAUAUAAUUCUAGCAAAAGUGUAAUUAUGACAUUUGUAUCUGGACAUAAAAAACCGAAGUAUGUGCCUCCUAUAUCACUUAAUGGAAAUGUACUUGACGUGGUAACUGAUUUUAAAUAUCUCGGUCACAUUAUUUCAAAUACUUUAAAAGAUGACCUGGAUAUAGAACGAGAAAGAAGAGCAUUGGCAGUUAGAAGUAACAUGUUGGCCCGCAGGUUUACUAGAUGUACAAAACAAGUAAAAAUAACCCUGUUUAAAGCUUUUUGUCAGGUGUUCUACACAAGUAGCUUGUGGGUCAACUAUAGUCAAAAAACUUACAAUGCUCUUCGAGUCCAAUAUAAUAAUGCCUUCAGGGCACUGUUGGGGCUACCUAGUCACUGUAGUGCGUCACACAUGUUUGCACGGGAGCGUACAGAUGAUUUUUACGCAAUACGACGCAAACGAAUUGUUUCGCUGUUGGGUAGGGUGCGUGUUAGCUCAAACAGUGUCCUGAAGACAAUUGCUGAUAAAAUGGACUGUCCCAUCCUAAAAUACUGGGUGGGACAGGUUAUCAAUGUAAGAGCGUUAUCACCGCUCAUUUACUAACAUAGGUUAAGUCAAUUUGUAACUAACAAAAUGGGCCUUGUAGUCUAAUUAAAU